AUGGAGCACGACGCGCUGAUGGAGCUCGAGGCGCGCCUGCCGCUGGCGAUGGGAGGCGCGUUCAAGUGGCCGAUCGCGAGGCCAGACCGCCUGGUGCAGCGGUGCGUGGAGGCAUCGCCAGCGCUGCAGCGAAUGUUCGCCCAGACCAUCAGCGCGCCAGUUCGGCCGUGGAGACUGGUUCUGGCACGCGACGAAGUGACGCCAGGGGCCGUCCUACGCCCGUGCAACAGGCGGAAGUUCGCGGCGUUCUACUUCUCCCUUUUGGAACUGGGGGGCGCCGCCCUUCGACGCGACUGCCGCUGGCUUCCGGUUGCCAUUCUCCGGAGUUUGAACUUGGGGCGCAUCGCUGGGGGCCCGUCCUGCGCCCUUCGAAUGCUGCUUCGCCAUCUGCUCAUCGAGCCAGGCAAUCUCGUGCAGGGUGGGAUUCGCCCUUGCCUGAAGUGCGUCAACGUGUUGGGUAAAUGUUGCGACUGCGCUGGUGGGCAGUUGGUGCGCAUUGACUGCAUAGAUGCCACAAAAUUCAUCCCGAACGCUGAUGACAACGUCUGGCGCGUGCACGACACGCUGGCAGGCGUGCAGGGAGUUGCGCACAAGGCAGCGAGAGAUCGGAAGGAGAAGUCUCUCGGGGUGAACUUUGUGCAGGAGGGGGUACUGGCCGACCUGGACCUCAGACGCUGCGUCGGCCCUGUGUCGUCGUGCCGUUUCGAUUGGAUGCGCACGCACCUUUGCAAUGGCAUCGCCUCUCAAGAAGUGUUCGAGUUCAUGUCAGCGUGCAAGUCCACCGACCAGCUGAGCGACAUAUACCCUAUGUUGGAGUCAUAUUUAAAAGCUGGCUGGUCGUUUCCGCUGCAGCACAAAGACAAACGCGUGGAUGCGCACGCGGUCUUUUGCAAGUGCAAGGAAAAG